CUUAACGAUGAUGGCGUGAAGGAGAGAGAGAGAUAAAGAGAGAUAGAGAGAUAAAGUAAGCAGCUUUGGUUAUAGGAGAGAAGAAGAGAGAAGAUUCAGAGAAAUAAAAGUGUCUCUUUUUUUUUUCUUCUCUGCAUUUUCCAUUUUAUCCUGUCGUCUUUGACGCUUUUGUAAAAAGCUAAAAAAAAGAGAAAAGAUGCUCAACGACGAAGACUAGACACAGAGAAAGAGAGAGACCCACUUCACUUUCUUCUUCUUCUUCUUCCUAUUCCAUCUCUCUUCCAAAGAUACUCUGGUUCUGGGUCUUCAGGGUAUCAGUAAGUUUGUAUCUUUCGAGCUCGUUCUACUUGCAUUCCUCCUGUGUUUUGUCGUAUUAUGUUUCAUCGAUGUACGGUUUAGUUGCAGGAGUUAGAAAGUCUGCACUUUUAUUAGUCUCCAGUCUGUUUUGAUUCUCUGAGUCUUUCUCAGUUAAUGCAAAAAAAAAAGGUCGUUUCUAUACUGCAUUUUCUUGUCAUGUCUUGAUCCUUUUCUCAGAUUAGCAAAAAAGUAAAAUUAAACUUUAUUUUGUCAAAUCGUCAAAAAAAAAAAACAUUUGAUCCGUGAUAAGUUUCACUUAUAGAGGUUACCUACUUACACCUUCAGUGCAUUUUUCCUGUUUUAUACAGUAUCCUAGUUAAAAGAGAAUGUUCUUGGAUUAAAUGAUUUUGCUCUUUGUUUUUAAUUGUUAAAACAGAUAAAAAUGACGAAAGUGUGUCCUGAGAUCGAAGACAUGACAUUACCAGAACCAGUUACUACAGUAUCAGCAGAUGUGAGCUUUGCUUCUAAUCAUUUUCCAUCCUACAAACUAGGACCUGAUAACCAGAUAGUAGAAGAACCAAAAGAAGAUGAUAAAGGUCCAUCAGUUCAAGACACUGUCGAGAAAGAGAGCGAGUUGUUGUCUGAUCAGCACAAGCGUCUCUCAGUGCGUGACCUCGCUAGUAAAUUUGACAAGAACUUGGCUGCAGCUGUUACUUUGGCUGAUGAGGCGAAAUUAAAAGAAGCGGCUUCUUUAGAAGGACAUGUUAUGUUGAAGAAGCUAAGGGAUGCUUUAGAGUACAUGAGAGGACGCAUGGAUGGACAAAACAAGGAAGAUGUGGAGAAAGCUAUCUCUAUGGUUGAAGCACUAGCUGUAAAGUUAACUCAGAAUGAAGGUGAACUGAUUCAAGAAAAGUUUGAAGUGAAGAAACUUGGAAACUUCCUCAAGCAGGCAUCAGAAGAUGCAAAGAAGCUGGUAAACCAUGAAAAAUCAUUUGCUUGUGCUGAGAUUGAAAGUGCGAGAGCCGUUGUGCUUAAACUUGGAGAGGCAUUUGAAGAACAGGAGCGAAGUUCUGAAGCUUCUAGAGCUCAGGGACCUGAUGUGGAGAAACUGGUUGAGGAAGUCCAGGAAGCUAGACAGAUCAAACGUAUGCAUCACCCAACAAAGGUGAUGGGCAUGCAACAUGAGCUUCAUGGUUUAAGAAGUCGACUCCAAGAGAAAUAUUUGAAUUCUAUUAAACUUCAUCAAGAGAUCAAGAGAGUUGAGGAAUCAAAGUCGUGUCCAUUUGUUCUGGAAGGCACACAAAGUCUCGGCUCUUGCUUAAGAAUCCACGUCUCCUCAGAUGAUGCUAUAGAUCUUUCAAACUGUUCAAUCCAGUGGUACCGUGCAGCGUGUGAAACAAGUAGAAGGGAACCUAUAUCUGGUGCAAACCAAUCAGUAUAUGCUCCAGAACCAUUUGAUGUUGGGAGGAUAUUACAGGCAGACAUUCUCUCAAACGGACAGAAAGUCACUGUUACAACAGAUGGUCCAAUUGAUCCUGAUUCUUGCUUGCAAUCCCGCGUAGAGUCUCUGAUGCGAAAAUCAAAGAGUGAAUUCAAUGUGGUUAUAUCACAGAUGAAUGGACAAGACUAUGCAUCUAGAACUCAUGUCUUUACCGUUGGAAAGACAAGGAUAAAGUUGUCUCGAGGAUGGAUCACAAAGGCGAGAGAAAUAUACUCAACAUCCAUGCAGCUCUGUGGAGUUAGAGGCAACAUCAAGGCUCCUGCAAGAGCAUUGUUCUGGCAACCAAGAAAGAGUCUAACUUUCAUACUAACCUUUGAGUCAGAACAAGAACGUAACACAGCCAUAGUCCUUGCUCGAAAAUACGCUUUUGAUUGCAAUGUUACACUGCUUGGGCCAGAUGAUUAAACAAAUGGUGAACAAGACAAUGUCAUUAACCCACAACCACCUGAUUCUUUUUUUUUGUUCUGUGUGUUGUUUGUUUGUUUGUCUUUUUUCACACUGUGGUUCCAAAGAAGGAAGGUGCAAGUUUGGCUUCUCAUUCAUCAUCCAAUGUUGCUUGCUGCAUAGAGUUUUAUUAUAGGCAGCAGAUUUCAUUUUUUUUUCCUCUUAUUUUACCAGUUCAUCAGUUUGAUAUGGUUUCCAUUUCUGAUUUGUUUUGGUUUGCUUGCUUGAUUUCUAUUUUUUUUUUUAAUGAUUUAGGACACAACAUUGUUAAUCAGCUUAUGAGUGUGAGAUCAGAAAUAUAGAGUUGUUUGUAACA